UUACAGAGGACUUAUCCAAAUUCUAGAUUUAUGUACACUUGAACUUUCCUUUUGUCAAAAUUGCUGUAACAUUCUAUCAAUUUCUAGUGAUGAGAAACUUCUAUAAACUCUACUAUGCCCGCACUGAACAUUUUUUAAAUAACAAACAUCAAGUCUCAUACUGAGCAUAAAUAUACUAGCAACAUAUAAUAAUUUAAACCUCUUUGACGAUGAAAUCCGAGCUAGUUUUCGUUCCCUUAGCUGGAUGGGGUCACCUCGUGCCAGCCAUCGAAUUUGCAAAACUCGUCCUAAAUAGAGAUGAAAACAUCUCCAUAUCCGUCCUCAUAAUGAAACUUCCCUUAGAAUUUGGCGUUCAAAACUUCAUUCAAUCUCUCACUUCUCAACCUCGUUUGAAAUUCAUCGAUGUCUCCCUAGACGAAAAAACAUCUUCUGGAUUCUUGAGUAACCUUGAGACGUUCCUCUAUGAUUUCAUCGAUGGACACAAAUCAAACGUACGAGAAUAUGUUCAAAACAUUUCUUGUUCCGGUUUCAUUCUUGACAUGUUUUGUACCUCGAUGAUUGACAUAGCCAACGAGUUAAAUGUCCCGAGUUAUAUAUUCUUUUCCUCGAAUGCUGCUUUCCUUGGCUUAUGUCUUCAUUUCGAAAACCUGAGAAAAGAACAAAAUUUAGACACGUCUAAGUAUAUAAACUCUAAUGAAGAAUUAUCAAUCUUGGGUUUUAAAAAUCCAUGUCCUACUAAAGUUUUGCCUAAGCAUUUAUUAGAUUCAAGACUCGCCUCGUCAACAUUGUUCCUUGAUGGAAUUCGUCGAUUUAAAGAGACUAAAGCCAUUAUUAUUAACACUUUUUUCGAGCUGGAAUCGUUUUGUCUUCAGGCUCUAUUGGAUUCUAAGAUUGUUCCAAAAAUUUAUCCAGUUGGUCCAAUAAUAAGUUUUAAUGAAAAUGGUAACGGUCGAAAUAGUAUAUCAGAAGCUAAAAUCAUUAUAAAUUGGUUGGAUGAACAGCCGGAUUCAUCUGUAGUGUUUUUGUGCUUUGGUAGUAUGGGAAGCUUUGAAGCAGAACAGAUCAAAGAAAUAGCAACUGCACUGGAGCAUUGUGGUCACAGGUUCUUGUGGUCUUUAAGAAGAUCUCCACCAAAGGGGAAGUUUGAUAUGCCAAGUGAUUACAAAAACUAUGAAGAAGUGUUACCAGAAGGAUUCUUGGAGAGGACAAAAGAAAUAGGAAAAAUUAUAGGAUGGGCACCACAAGUAGCAAUUUUAUCUCAUCCAUCAAUAGGAGGAUUUGUGUCCCAUUGUGGGUGGAAUUCAAUACUAGAAAGUGUACAUUUUGGGGUGCCAAUUGCAACUUGGCCACUCUAUGCAGAACAACAAAUGAAUGCAUUCUUGUUGGUGAAAGAAUUAGGACUUGGUGAGGAGAUAAAAAUGGACUAUGUUAUUAGUUUUCAGGGGAAAAAUAAUCAAGUUGAUAUAGUGAGUGCUGACGAAAUUGAAUGUGGUUUAUUAAGGUUGAUGAGAAAAAGUGAAGAGAAUGAAGUAAGGAAAAAAAUUAAGGGAAUGAAGGAGAAGAGUAGAGUAGCAAUGGAGGAAGGAGGAUCAUCUCAUAACUCUCUUGGAUGUUUAAUUAAGGAUGUACUCACCCACCUUCCUCAAGAGGAAUUAUGCAAAGAUUAGUAAUGCAUAUAGAUUUGUAAUGGAAAGAUUGAUGUGUUAUUGAAUGUUUGGUUUGGUACAUCAGAAUUAAUAAACAAUGUGCAAUUUGGAAUUUGGUUCAU